AUGUCACGCAAUUACAAAAUUUAUGAAGUGAAAGUAUUCAAAGAAAAAGAAUGUGUGUCCGUUUCUUGUCAAACGGACAUCGACCUCAAACAACUGGACGAUAUGAUAAAAGUCAUCCUUAACAUCAUCACCAUUACUGUAUUUGUAAAACAGAGGCAGCUACGCCGCCGGAGUACAUACUUGAUCAUCCACCUGGCAAUGGUUGAUUUGUUAGUCGGAGCAGUAUCAGGGCCGAUGCAGAUUCAUUUAGGCAUGGUUUGGUGUUACGGAGAGCUGGAGAGUUAUGAUGUAACUUAUUUCAGAAUACGUUUAGCAAUAGCUCCUUUUUUCUCCUUUGCAUCUCUUGUUAAUCUCACUUUCAUUUCGUUGGAACGCACGCACGCAACAUAUCGCCCUUUCAAUCAUCGUUUUAUCAGGAAAUGGGUUUAUGGAUUGAUUAUCGCUUUUAUUUAUUUGUCAACAAUAUGCAAGGGUGCAAUAGAAGGAUUAACCGAUUGGCUGUUUAGAUACAUCUGGGUUUUUUCUUCUUAUUUCAUUCUCCUUGUCGUCAUUUGUGUAUGUUACAUUUCCAUUUAUAUCAAAGUUCAUUGUAGUCACCAUCCUCAACACCAUGGCGCAGCCGGUCUGAGGGAACGGAAACUAACGAGGACUUUAUUUUUUGUUACCUUGGCAUCUAUAUUAUCUUUUCUACCAGUAAAUAUUUACAGCGGAAUUUCCCUUGAUAUCGUGGCCGUUUUAAAAUUUCCCUCUCAUUUUCAAAUUUCCAUCACUACACUAACAUUAUUGUUGGCCAACUCGCUAGUAAAUCCUUUAAUCUAUGUGGUGCGGAUGCCAGAAUUUAGGGCAGGUAUAUAACAAAUGGCUGUCUACAAGAAGUCGCAAAACCGUUUAAAUCCAAUCGAGUUUCCACUUCGUAAUCUUUAGUUCAGGCCAACACUUCUUUUGCAGUAGCUUUGAUCCAGUUGAUCCAAAAAUCAUAAAUACAGUAUGGCGAUUCAAAGAGCUGUACUUUUCAGUAUCACUUUUUAAUUAAGGAAAUUUCGAAUAUUAAAUUGGAACGAUUUGUGAUCUUCCUAACAAAAUCACUAAAAUAUUGCAAAGCGCAAGUCAAGUGUAAUAUCUUGAAAUAGAACAGUCUAUUUUUUAUACUUGUCACUUUCUUCAAAGUAACAGCUGGUGUAACUGUGAUUUUUUUUCUCCCUUCGACAUUACAGGUAGUAAAUUUGUUUAUUCUCGAUGAUUUAUUUAUCCUAUUUUUACAUUAAAUAUACUGGUACUUUUCAUAGAAAACAUACUCUGUUAGUAUGUAUACGAAACGACUCCACUGACUUGAUACGGAUCGACCUAGCUAGGUACGAAAUAACUGGGAACGAAACGACCCUAGGUACGAAACGGCUGGUAACCGAAAAAGCAAGGAAUUAUCAAACAGAACCUAAAAAAACUCUAUUCAAGUAUCUAAUUUCCUAAAAAAAAAAAUGUUUGCGCUUGUUAAUUUCUCUCUUUUGAGUAUAUAUCAUUUUACUCCUGGGAAUAUUUUAGUCAACCUUAGCAAAUUGCACGCAUGUACCCUUUUCACAAAUAAAAAAUAAACCAGUGAAAAAUUA